GGGCGGGCCUUUCGGCACGUUGAGCUUUCUUGAUCGAGGCGGGUGUCGGGGCGGUUUUGCGUGGUGGGAGAAGGCCUAGAAGUCGGCUCGAAGAGAUGUCGGGGGUUACGGGAGGUGGGACGGGCUCCGCUCGGAAGCGGCUGCUGAAGGAAGAAGACAUGACAAAGGUGGAAUUCGAGACCAGCGAAGAGGUGGACGUCACCCCCACUUUCGACACGAUGGGCCUGCGGGAGGACCUGCUGCGCGGCAUCUACGCCUACGGUUUUGAGAAACCUUCAGCUAUCCAGCAGAGAGCGAUUAAACAGAUUAUUAAAGGAAGAGACGUGAUUGCUCAAUCACAGUCUGGAACAGGAAAAACAGCAACAUUUUCCAUUUCUGUACUACAAUGUCUGGAUAUCCAGGUUCGUGAAACCCAGGCAUUAAUUUUGGCACCUACCAGAGAGUUGGCAGUACAAAUUCAGAAGGGGCUGCUUGCUCUUGGUGAUUACAUGAAUGUCCAAUGUCAUGCAUGUAUUGGUGGGACCAAUGUUGGUGAAGAUAUCAGGAAGCUGGAUUAUGGACAACAUGUUGUUGCUGGCACACCUGGUCGUGUAUUUGAUAUGAUUCGUCGCAGAAGUUUAAGAACUCGUGCUAUCAAAAUGUUGGUUUUGGAUGAAGCUGAUGAGAUGCUCAAUAAAGGUUUUAAAGAACAGAUUUAUGAUGUGUAUAGAUACCUUCCUCCAGCCACACAGGUAGUUCUCAUCAGUGCCACUUUGCCACAUGAAAUCUUGGAGAUGACUAACAAAUUUAUGACUGAUCCUAUUCGUAUUCUGGUGAAACGUGAUGAAUUGACUCUUGAAGGAAUCAAACAGUUCUUUGUGGCAGUAGAGAGAGAAGAAUGGAAGUUUGACACAUUAUGCGAUUUGUAUGAUACACUCACUAUUACACAAGCAGUCAUCUUCUGUAAUACCAAGAGGAAGGUUGAUUGGCUGACUGAGAAAAUGAGAGAAGCCAACUUCACUGUUUCAUCAAUGCAUGGUGACAUGCCUCAGAAAGAAAGAGAGUCAAUCAUGAAAGAGUUCAGAUCUGGAGCAAGCCGAGUUCUAAUUUCUACAGAUGUUUGGGCAAGAGGUCUGGAUGUUCCUCAGGUGUCCCUGAUCAUUAACUAUGAUUUGCCCAACAACAGAGAAUUGUAUAUACACAGGAUUGGUAGAUCAGGCCGCUAUGGUCGCAAAGGUGUUGCAAUCAACUUUGUAAAGAAUGAUGAUAUUCGUAUCCUGCGAGACAUUGAGCAAUACUAUUCUACCCAGAUUGAUGAAAUGCCAAUGAACGUUGCUGAUCUUAUUUGAAGAAACUUGACAGAAGAGAGAAGGUCCUUUUAGCCGUGAUACAUUAUUAUAACCACAUCCAAGAACUGCUUGGAACUCUUCUUGUUACUGAUGCUGUUUGAAAACCAUAAUAGUGUAACUUCAAAAUGGUUAGGCAUCUGCUAAAUCAGACUUGGUGAAAAGUAAUAUUGGAAGCAGUGCAAAGCGCUUUGUGGUUUUUAUUUACUUUGUGUAAUUGCAGAAACCUAGGAAUUGUAAUUGAUGAAAAUUGUAAAGAGGCAUUUCUGUAAAUAAGUUCAUUGUCAUCCUGUUUUCUGCUUUUUUCCUGAUUAAACAAUUAUGUUUUCGUAUAAA